AUGCCUAUUAUAUUACAAUAUUUAGCCUAUCGUGGGGGAUUUAAUCCUCAAAACCCACAGGAAGGUUGUAAUAUGCAAGACGCUGUAAACUCGCCUUGUCAUGUUGCUUGGAUCAAUUCCCCAAAUGGUAUUCCUGUAUCAUCUAUGCUUCUAUAUGUUCAAUCUAUCGCCUUUUCUAUCCAAUUCAUUCUCUUUACGACUUUUAGUAGUCUUGCUGAUUAUGGACAUUGGAGUCGAUAUAUUCUAUUGGGUUCUACAAUAAUUGGAUGUUUAUUUCAAGCGUUGCCUAUGACGCUUAUCAAUGAUGAUGGUCAACAUUGGAAUAUAAUGAUGGGUAUUAUGAUUAUAGCACUUAUUUCAUAUGGUACUUCACUUGUAUUUUAUUCUGCUGCAUUUCCAAAUUUAAGUGAUAAUUUACCUGUAGUAAGACAUGCUAAAGCGAAUCGAAAUUUAUCCGAAUCAGAUCGACAGUAUGUUAUCGAACGCUGGAGAAAUGAAGUAUCUGCGAUUUCUACAACAUUUUCAAACAUUGGAUUUUUAAUCAUGUCAGGUUUAUUAUCAGGUAUUUCUUUUGUUUAUUGGGAGAAUUAUCAAUUCCCAGAAGGUGUACCUCAUAUGUUAGGCAAUGCUCCAUUUUAUAAUUUUAUUUCAACAUUUGCCUGUGCUAUCUUUUGGGCUAUAAAUGCUGUACCUUAUUUUGUUUUUAUGCCAAAGGGGCGUCAAGGGCCACCUUUACCUACUACUGCCAAUUAUUUCACUUUAGGUUGGAAAUCUAUUUUAGAAGCUUUCAAGGAGAUACGUAAAUUACGCUAUUUGUUCAUGUACAUCUUUGCGUAUUUUAUGUUCUCUGAUGCAGUAUCAACCAUUGGUCAAAUGUCUACCAUUAUUCAGGGUGAACUCACGAGCUUUUCUGCACAACAGAAUGUGAUCUUUGGCCUUGUCACUGCUGUCACGUCCAUUAUCGGUUGUCUCGCCUUUUUAUGGGUUUCUAAAAGAUUUCAAAUUAGAACCAAAACUACAUUAUUGGCUAUUGUUGUACUCACGGGUCUGAUACCACUCUGGGGUUGCUUUGGUAUCAGAUUUGAUACAUUUGGUAUCAAGACGAAUCGAGAAUUAUGGAUCCUGAAUGUCUGGUCAGGUUUAUUUACUGCGCCUAUCUGGGCAUGGCAGCAAACCAUGCUAGCUGAAUUAACCCCAAAAGGGAAAGAAAACCUAUUUUUCGGUCUCUUUGGUGUCGUCAAUAAGGCCUCUUCUUGGAUUGGACCUGUCGUUAUUGGUGCCAUCACUCAAUCAACAUCCAAUAUUUGGAAAGGGUGGCCUUUUAUCUUGAGUCUCUUUGUAGCUGCAACUAUCAUUAUUUGUUGUAUUGACGUAGAUAAGGCAAAGCUGGAGUUGGCAGAAUAUGAAAGAAAAGAGAAAGAUGAUCAAUGA